AUUAAACAAAAAAAAAAAAAAUAAUUUUAUUGAAACUUGACUAAACUACGAAAAUAAUUUCCAGAAAUUAAUUUAAUAAUUGCGACGGCGUAAAUUAUUGAAAGCAGCUGGAGCUACGCAGUGUGUGGUAAAAAAAUAUGUAUGUAUGUACCAUACUUAGAUAUGCAAAAUGCACUCGCUUUUGAUUUCUAUUUCUUUUUUUGCGAAAAAGCUUAGAAAAUUUCACAAGUUUUCUAACUAUAAAAGACUGCUGCAACUUUCGUAUUUCAACAAAACAUUGUUAAUUGGCCAGAGUGCAAUACGAACGCCUGCAGAGAAUAUCAACUUUAAAGUCAUAAAAUAACGAUACAGCAGCAAAAACACUAGUAUGCAGAAUCUUAAUUGCCAAAACAUCUGCUAUAUGAUUUUGUGCGCUCUCAUCGGACUUGCACAUGCACGCCCUCUUUCCGAUGACAACAGCGUUGAGAAUCUCCGACCUACCACAACUGCUACUGCAGUAGAGCCCGACACGCUCGACACAAAACUACGGGAAAUGCAACAACAAAACUUAUUAAAAGACUUAAAUGCUUUUCUAGUUCUGCAACCCAUUCUCGAAGAGCCAAUUCCAUAUGAGAUUAAUGAGCGUGCGCGUCGUGCUUUGUCCGAAGCACAACUCAAUGAGCCUGUCGAUGUGGAUUUCGAUAUGGAACUAGCUGAAGUGAAUGUAUUCCGUCCACUCUUUCGUUAUCGCGCCGAAGUGGCACGUAAUGUGGGGCAAACGCGGAGAGUCGGCUAAUCUCAAACAUUUUUAACGGUUUAUUAAUAAUUAAGUGAAGUGACUUUUGUACCUCAUUACAUUUUAGAGAAAUAAAAAAUAUAUUUAAUUAAGGAACAUGUAACUGUUUUCAUGUAUUGA